ACACAUACACCAGGGCUGAAUCACCAGGACCUGCUUCAGAGCGCUGCCGUCUCCAUCAUACCAGACAGCUGUGCUUGAGUGUGUGCCUACCUCAGCCUGCCUCUCUCUCAUUCUCUCUUGAUUUUUCUCCUGUCCCUCUCUCUCUCUACCCCAUCCCUCUCUCUUUCCUUUCUCUCUACCUUAGACACUCUCAUCCACUCCCGCUUCUCUCUCCCUUCCCUCUCUCUCUCUCUCUUACCCACCCUCCUCCCUCUCUCUCUCGGCUGUCCUUGACGGUGCUCUGUGGAGGAGCAGAGCACUGUAGUGCUGGGUUGUGCAGGAGGAAGCAGCCAGCCAGCCAGCCUUUGCCCAGUGGAUACAUACUGUUCUGUCUCUUCCAACGCUGCUGCCGUUACCCGGGAUACGCAGUCGGGCCUGCCGUGCUGCCAGGGGAGUCGAGGGCUAAUGCCAGUCUGCCAUGUCGGCUGAGUGCCAACCUAAGGGGAACGCGUUUUAAAGUGCCCAUUGCGCCAUGUCUGCCACACAGCUGGAGGAGACAGAAAAUGUUUUUGACCUGAACGAGGCCAUCCCAGAGACAGAGCUGCUGGACAACAGCAUACAGAAGGGGCGUGCCCAGCUGUCCGUCAAAGCCAGGAGGCACCGCCCCUCUCGCUCUCGCUUCCGAGACAGCGUCAGCUCCACAGAGGGAGAUGACAGUCUUGAGAGGAAGUGUCUGGACAGCCCAUUGCACUCCGUCCGUUCCCCCCUCCACUCCACCCUGCGAGGAGGCUCCUCCCCUUCGCCUGAUUCGCUCCUCUCCUCGUCCUCCCCUUGUCCCACCUUACGGAGCCCCGUCUUCUCCUUCGACACCUCCUCCUUACGGCGCUCCCCGGAGGAGGGCGGGACCGGGUCGCUAGCCCCUCGGGGGCGGUACCGCCAGCUGACAAAUGCCACGUCUCAGGAGGCCCUGGUGACCACGCCCAACAGCUCUCCCUCCAAGUCGUGUCCCAGUUCGGACUGCUCACCUGUUUACAUUCGACGGGCACGACGCCCAGACAGUGAGGUGUUAGUUUCAGAAAACAGUCGAGACACCAGCCCGGCCGACCCCGGCAACAACAGCCUUAUCUUCGACAAGAAGACAAAGAGGAGGUUCUUGGACCUGGGGGUCACAUUGAGACGCUCCUAUGUGAGAGUCAGAAAAGACAAGUCAAACAGACUGUCAAUGGGAAGCCGGGAGUCAUCUGAGAGCCCGUCCAGGUCCUCUGGCUCGUUCGUGCCUUUCUCCUGGUUCACUGACAGCGCCAGGGGCUCUGUGUCCUCCGGGGCAACCCCGCCCUGCUCCCCCAAACUGGUCUCACAGGACUGCAGCCCUCGCAAGUCCAACUCUCAGGAGUCUGCCCUGAGUGAUGAGUUCUCUCCGCCCCCCCGUAGUCCCCCCCACGCCUCCAGUGGGACCACAGCCGACUCGUCCUCCCGCUCCUCACAACGCUACCAGACCCUCUCCCAGUCUUCAGACGAGCCUAUUGACGAGCCACUGUGCCUAGUGUCGUCGUGGAGCACCCAGCAGGUGUGCCAGUGGCUGAAGGGGUUGAACAUGGAGCAGUACAUCUCAGAGUUCACUGCCAGGGACAUCGACGGGGAGCAGCUCCUCCUGAUGGAUGGCACCAAGCUCAAGGGUUUGGGAGUGAACAGUUCGACGGACCGCAGUGUCCUGAAAAGGCGGAUCAAAGACAUUCACACAGCAGCGGAAAAGGAGCGCAAGGCUCUGGACAAACUGGAACGCCAGAAAGAGAAACAGCGCAAAAAGGAACAGGAACUACGCAGGCUAAACACAAGCUAGACAUAACCACCAGAUGGCGCUAAAUGACCACAGAAAUACUCCUGACAAGAAACUGGUGCUGGGGAACCAUCUCCAACUUUCCCAUUAUCAUGAUAGCAUUGAUGCUAAGUGGAGUUUUGUGCAAAACGUUGGAAUUUGCACAUAGACUUUUGUACUGUACCUCCGGUUUGGAUGUGAGGCUUUGAACCCUGUGAUGGGCGGGACAGUGUGUUGUCUAUCACUGACACAUGAUCAAUAACAGAAUGAAAGCUCCAUUAACUUCUUGUCAAACGGCUUUAUUUUAUACCAAGAUCGGAACCCAAAGUGGGCAUGUGAGAGGUGGGUCGCGAGUUAUGAGAAUACAUCUACAAUCACACACUAUUUAUUCUUAAUUUGGGUAGUUGGGGGACAAUUUGGGUCACGGCAGGACUGUCCAUUUCUAAUUUGGGUCCAGAGGUGAAAAAGUUCAAAAAACCCAUGUUUGAGACCGAUCAAUCAGUGGUUGACGCAACAUGAUAGGUCCCGCCCAUAUUUGGGUUCACACGUCUCAUUCUUCCUGGCUGUGACAAAUGUGUUCUUCUUUGUCAAUCAGUAAGGUUAUCCACCCUUGUGGAAAAUGACAAAUAUUUUGUUACUCGAAAAGAAUAUGUGUUAUGUGACUUCUACACACAUUCAAUGCAUUGACAAAAUCAUACUUUUCCCAUAACUUUUGACUGUACUCGCAUACAGCACAUUCUAGCAAAUAACACACUAUCAAAACCUAAACCAUGGUCUGAGUUAUUAUAGGAAUAAUAUAAUUACAGAAAUUAGCAUUUAUUUAUUUUACAAAGAAUAUAAUCACAUAAUUUAGCUUUAAAAAAACAAAAUCUCAUAACCACAAGCCAGUAACACCCAACCACAUUCAUAUUGUAGUAUGCAUCAAUACUGUCAGUGGACAGAAGUUAAACUUGAAGUAACAUGAAGAUUUGUCCAGGACAUUGUCAAGAUAAGACGCUGAUGAGACAAAUGUGAUUUUUGAGCAUAUUUAUAAAUACUGUAUGUUUGUGA